AUGGCACUGUCCUGUUUUUUAAGGUCAGUGAGUGGGACUAACAUCGAUGUUAACGAAUAUGACUUAGUUAACAGUGCAAUGCAGGACGAUGCCGACGAUGUUAUAGUCACUGGAAGUUGCAAGACAAAUUUCACCGCUCAAAGCACGACCGAAGCAGUUGCUAGUCCUUCUGCCACUAGGAAUGUAGAAGAGAAUACCGUUGCGGAUGCACACACGGUCGAAGACGUUCAAUUUCAAGAUUUUGUCGAGGAAACAAUGCUUGUCUUGGACGAAUUGAAGUACCCCUAUCAAGAAGACUUGCGGUUGAAACCAUUACCAGGAAACCAUUUACUUUCGUCAUUCUCGUUCGACAUGAAAUCUGAAAGUUUCACUCCGGGGAAAACCGACCUUGACAUCGAUCAAUAUAGUCACUACACUGUUUUUCCCAAACCAUUCAAACCCUUAUUAGAACGUACUGCUACACGCCAACUACACUUGAGAUUCACCCGAGGGUUUUGGGAUGCUGAAUCCUGGGAUACCCUACCGUACGAUGGGUUCAAAUCCGGUGGAUCAGGUGUGGAGUUAUGGGCUAUCAUCGAAUCUGAUUCCCAGGAAAAUGCGUACCGCCAAUGGAAAUCAUUAGCAAAUUCUUUGAGUGGUUUGUUUUGUGCCUCCAUUAAUUUCAUUGACAGUACAAAAACUACUUAUCCAGUGUAUGCCUUCCAUCCUGCUGCAUCUGAAGAACUGCCUUUGUUCGACCAAGAUAAACAGCUGUAUUUGAUCCGGGCCGCUUUGGCUAAUGAACCUGUGUGUACUGAAAAUCUAACUCCCCUAAUCAAACUGCUGCCUACAAAAGGUAAGUCGGGGCUUUCGUCGUAUCUUGAUGGGCAUAAAGUGUUUGAUUCGAUAUGGCAUAGCCUCUCCAUUGAUAUUGAAACUCAGUGUGAUGAUUUAUAUGGGGAAUGCCGUUAUAGUAUGGAAGCCAUGGUCGACAUGGUAAUAAAUGUCCCAAAUACAAUCGAAAGAGUAGAAAACCCUAUUCCUAAACCAGUUGAGGCAGACAAGUUACGGUGCGAUCAGACAAAACACUUUGAUGCAUUUGUAUGUUUCCCUUCCUCCGAUAAUGCGGAAACAGAUUUCCUAUUCUCGAAGAUAUUUGGUAAAUCUAUCCGAGGAUGUGAUAACUUUGCUUCAAGUCCUUCUCGUGUGUGUGCAAAUAUUACCGAUGAUUGGUCCUUCACUCUGAAGGUUGGUGACGAUUACUUGGGCCUUGACAGCAACUGUUUUGAGCUGAAUGAAGGUGUGGAAUACGAUAUCAAUCUGAGCUCUGCUAAUACCAGUAGCGUAACGGUAUUGGAUGAGGUCCCAUUAUACGUCAGUAGAUCAUUGACUGGAUAUGGACAAGAUCAUGGUGGGCUGAGAACUGUUUUUCAUAAUCCCCGCUCACAACCUGUAAGAGCCAUCUACUUUGAAACCUUACCAUGGUUUAUGAGAGUGUAUUUGUCUACAUUGCAAGUAGAUAAUACACACAGUAAUGGGUCACCCAAUGUUACUGUGGAAGACAUUAUGCAAUCGAUGCACUACGUUCCAGCAAUCGACCGCUCCAGACCAACACAUUUGGAAUACAUAAUUGAAAUUCCAGCAUUCACAUCUUUUGCGGUAUCGUAUCAGUACGAUAAAACUCUGCUCCAGUUUGCCGAGUACCCACCAGAUGCCAAUCAUGGAUUUGAGAUUGAGUCCGCGGUCAUAACUGUGGUUAGCCCUACUGAUUAUCAGAUCAGAACGGCAACAUUACUUCUGUCGCUAUCCACACCUGACUUCAGUAUGCCUUACAAUGUCAUUAUCAUCACAUCCACUGUCAUGGGCUUGAUUUUUGGUAUGAUCUUCAAUCUUCUAGUCAAGAGGGUAGUUACAGUUGAAGAAGCUGAUAAGGUGUUAGCUGAAAGAACCAUAAAGGCAAAACUACUGCGUUUGAAACAAAAGAUAUUGAGCCGCAUUGGUAUAGCUACUUGA